AUGCCUUUUGAAAUAAUGAAUCAGAGGGGUGUUACUGCUUCAUCUCACCUUUAUGACGAUGUUUCCUAUGCUUCUGAGAGGAAUGGAUUACGGAAGCCAAAAUCCGUUCAUGAUGAUUACGCACAAGGAAAGAGUGAAAUUGCAGCUUCGACUGGAAGCAUUUUGCAUACUUCAUCAACCCUUGAAAGAAACACAAAAACAGGCUUGCCAAUGUCGCAGACUAGUCUACCUGGAGAAAUUUCAGAAAACCUACACUUUGGCGGACAAGCUGGCAUUGUAGAUGCUCUGAAGGAUUCAAAAGAAUCACUGAAUUAUCAUCCGAGAUCAUGGUCUGAAGUGCACAGGCAGCCAGCAUCUAGCUCGUAUGGUUUAAUUGGCAACAAGAUUGUCACCAAUGCAGGCUCACGUGAAAGCAGUCUAUUCUCAAGCUCACUCUCUGAUAUGUUUAGCCAAAAGUUGAGGUUGUUGGGAAAUGGUGUUCUGUCUGAUCAGAACAUAGCUGCUGGUCUUCUUCCUGAGGAAGAACCGUACAAAUCUCUUGAAGAAAUUGAGGCUGACACCAUAGGGGAUCUCCUUCCUGAUGAAGAUGAUCUGUUUUCCGGUGUCCAUGAUGAAUUAGGAAGCACUGUUCAUGCCAGAGCAAGUGAUGAUUUUGAUGAUUUGUUCAGUAGUGGCGGAGGCAUGGAGUUGGAAGGAGAUGAACUCCUAAUUUCAGGAAAAAGACUCGGUGGCUUGGAUGAAGAUCCUGCAUACUUUGGGGGUUCUAAAGGCAAAAGUCCUUUUGGCGAACAAUCUUCUAGAACACUUUUUGUUAGAAACAUUACUAGCAAUGUAGAAGACUCAGAGCUAAAGGCACUCUUUGAGCAAUAUGGAGAUAUCCGAACCAUUUAUACUGCCUCCAAGCAUCGUGGCUUUGUUAUGGUUUCUUAUUAUGACCUAAGGGCAGCACAAAAUGCAAUGAAAUCACUUCAUAAUAGGUCAUUGAAUUCUAGGAAACUGGAUAUACAUUAUUCAAUUCCAAAGGGAAAUGCUUCAGAGAAGGAUAUUGGCCAUGGCACACUGAUGAUAUCUGGUCUUGAUCCAUCUGUUUUAAAAGAUGAACUAAAACAUAUUUUUGGGCUUUAUGGAGAAAUCAAAGAAAUAUAUGAAUACUCAGAAAUGAAUCAUAUCAAAUAUAUUGAAUUUUAUGAUGUUCGAGGUGCAGAAGCUUCUCUCCGUUCAUUGAAUGGGAUAUGCAUUGCUGGGAAGCACAUCAAGCUUGAACCUGGCCAUCCGAAGAUUGCAACAUGUAUGAUGCAGCCGUCUCAAAAGGGACCAGAUGAACCUGAUCUUGGUCAUAAUCUCAAUGACAUCCUAUUCUUAAGACAAAAGGGAGUGUCUUCUGGAGUUAUUGCAUCUGGUGGAAGCUUGGAAAAUGGAUAUAAUCAAAGAUUCCAUUCUGCAUCACAGCUGCCUUUGAAUACUUUCAUUGAUGACACAAUUUUUCACAGUAUUUCCAACAACACAAGAGGGGCAUCUGCUGUUCCGAGAUUCCACCCUCAUUCUUUGCCUGAGUAUUGUGAUGGCUUGGCUAAUGGUAGUCCUUACAAUUUGUCAAACACCAUUAAAAUGGCCGCCAAUAUUGGAACUGGAUCCACAGAAGCAUCUGAUGGCAGGCACAUUCAGGGAAUGAGCUCAACUGGGAGCUUAGCAGAUUUUAAUGCAGGAGGAAAUGGGAGCCUUCCCCAUCACCAGCUUUAUCAUAUGUGGAAUGGCUCAAACUUGCGUCAGCAAUCUCCAUCAAAUGCAGUGGCUUGGCAGAAAGCACCAUCUUUUGUUAAUGGUGCUUGUGCUCCAGGUCUUCCACAGAUGCCCAGUUUUGCCAGGACACCGCCUCAUGUUCUGAGAGCAUCACAUAUAGAUCACCAUGUUGGAUCAGCUCCAGUUGUUACAGGAUCGCCCUGGGAAAGACAGCAUUCUUACUUGGGAGAGUCUCCUGAUGCUUCUGGUUUUAGAUUGGGUUCUCUAGGAAAUGCAGGUUUUCAUGGUAGCUGGCAGUUGCAUCAUCCAGAUCUUUCCAGCAACAUGUUUUCUCAUGUUCGUGGGAAUGUUAACGAUUUGACAUCCAGUGUUGGGCAGGGUUCUCCUAAGCAGUUGUCACAUGUCUUCCCUGGGAGACUUCCCAUGACUUCAAUGUCAAAAUUUGAUUCCACCAAUGAACGAAUGAGAAACCUGUAUCAUCGCAGAAGUGAAGCAAACAAUAACAACGCUGAUAAAAAACAAUUUGAACUCGACCUAGGCCGCAUAUUGCGCGGGGAAGACAGCCGAACAACACUUAUGAUAAAAAAUAUUCCUAACAAGUAUACUUCAAAGAUGCUUCUUACAGCCAUAGAUGAGAGUUGUCGGGGAGCUUAUGAUUUUCUGUAUUUGCCAAUUGAUUUCAAGAACAAGUGUAAUGUUGGCUAUGCAUUCAUCAAUAUGAUUGAUCCUGGUCAAAUUGUUCCAUUCCACCAGGCUUUUAAUGGGAAAAAAUGGGAGAAAUUUAACAGUGAAAAGGUAGCUGUGCUUGCAUAUGCUCGAAUUCAAGGAAAAUCUGCUCUUAUUGCUCAUUUCCAGAAUUCAAGCCUGAUGAAUGAAGAUAAACGCUGUCGUCCUAUUCUAUUCCAUACAGAUGGUCCAAAUGCUGGUGAUCCGGAGCCUUUCCCCUUGGGUGCCAAUAUUAGAGUAAGGCCCGGGAAAUUACGUAAUAGUGUCAACGAGGAAACCCGUAUUCAAGGGAAUUCUUCAUCUUUGGCAAGUGCUGAGGAGUUUGCUAGCGGAAUAGAUUCUCCACCGAGUUCUUCAAGAGACACUGACUGA